AUCUGCCGACCCCGGUUAACUGUCAUUCAUCUUCCAGCCCUAAAUUCUCUAUUCACCCUGUGCAUUUCGUCUUUCACUUUCCAGAGACGGCUACGCGUGACGUCUGACUCUCCUCUUUCCGUAUGAAACAAACGGAAUUGUAACGUCCUCUUUAUUUCAAUUAAUACAUUCGCCCACUACGAAAUCUUGAAUGCGGCGUUCAUCUCUCUUAGACAGUGUCAGAUCCGUAUAAAUAUCCUGGCCGUUGCUCAUCCGUCGUGGAGACUAGGCUUCUGCGGUUCUGGGAGGCUAGAAGCGCCAGUCGUGGGGGUGAGCUCAUGAGAGUUGACAUGCUACUGAUAGACGUAAAUUCUACCAUGGUGCAAGCAAGCAUCAAUGCUCCGCGCCUUCUAAAAUUCCAGGGAAGGCUCGCCGCCGGAAGGACGUUUGCCCUGUCCGAUUUUGACGUGGUCCCAUGUACUCAUACCCGCAUGCUUACCGACUCACCCCUGCUGAUUCGGUUCAAUGGUACUACCGGUUUUGAUGAGAUAACCGAACCAUCCUUUCCCCUUCCUAUAGAAGGUUUCAGCUUCCAAAAUGAAACAGACUUGCUUAGAAUAGCAAACACCAACACUCGGCUACCAGAUAUUUUAGCUGAGAUUACUGCUGUCAAGAGCACUGUGCAUGAUCCUCCAAAAGGAAAAAAUCAUGUUAUGGCAACAAUCAAAAUUGAUAAUGGUAACUCUGCCACAUUGAAUCUGUUCGACAAUCAAGCAAUCGAUUUCCACAGAAGACUUGAAUCCAUGCGUGUUGAUCCAAUGGUGAUUGUUGCCACAAACAUUAACCCACGAACAGUUGGAGCCCAUUUGUCUCUCAACGCCACGUCCGGAACACACAUCUACUUUGACCAGGAAACCACAGCUGGUCAAACGUCUUUCAAUCGGUUGGUCACAAGAUCCACUGGUCUCCCACCUGCAGCUCCACUUCUGGGAGAGGUUGCAAAAGUCGAGCCCGUAACCAUAGCUGAACUCAACAGCUUUGCUAUCAUCGCCGUGUCUGAGGAUAUUCAGUUCAUGUGUACCGGUAAAGUUAUUCGUGUAGACUCUGAUAAGGGCUGGUGCUACGUUGCUUGCUCUAAAUGUGGAAGAAAGCUCCAGCGCAUUGAAUACACCUUCAAAUGUGUGCGAUGCAACAACUCUCAUGCUGUUGGUGUUCUCCGCUACCGAGUCGAGCUUGCAAUAGCUGAUGACACUGCCGACGGUAUCUUUGUCUGUUUUGAUGGGGUAAUGACCAAGUUGCAUGGUCUCGAAGCACGUGUAGCUGGACAAGUGUUGGAUGGCGAGGCGGGGUAUCCCGAGGACUCGCAUAUGCCCCCGUUUGUUACAAGCAUGGAGGGGAAAACAUACACUUUCCAUGUCAAGUUGACAACUUAUGAUUUCACAUCAACCCAUCAAUGCUUCACUGUCACCCGUAUUCUCGCGGAACAUGAACGCCUGCCACCACACAAAUUUGACACUUAUCAAGAAGAAGUUGCUACUGAUGGUGCCAAGGUCGAAGGUAUUCAGCCAAUUCUUGCAAAUGUCGACUCCGGAAGUACUGGCGGUGAGACAUCCUUGAUUGCUGUUAAUAAUCCAGUAGGGCGUGUACCAAAUAAGGUGGACGACGCAUCUAACCACAUCCUCAAGAAAGCUCCAAAGCCUUAGGUUGAUAAACUAAAUGAUAGAGAGCCUGUUUUAAAAUAAUGCUUAUGCAUGAACUUGCCCGUUUAAUUUUCCCUUUUUAUAUACUUUUGAGUUUUUCAAGACUAUUACUGCUCUAUUUUUAUUUUAGUUUUCUAUUCAGACAAUAAUUAUUUAUUUUCCCUAAAAUAUAAAGCAAAACUGGUAUCUA